AAUGUCAUAACAUUGUGAAGUACGACAUCGUAAAGAUGUAGUGGGUGGCCACAGUUCCUCAAAGAAGUGUUUGUGUUGACGAAGAUAAAUUCCGCGGGAACCGUGACAGUAAAUCUCAAUUUUUUUUUUGUGUGUGUGCUCUUGUUAUCAAUGCAGUCCAACGAUACCUCAAAUGACCAGAAAAUAAUCCUUAAGUGUAAGCCAUUUACUGUAUUGAGUGCAGAACCGCCACAUUCAUCCCCAAAGACCACUUCCGCCCGUCGUUCCACCAGAAUCGCCAGUCGAAGAAAUGAUGAGAACGUAAUGGAAGGAAGUGGACAAACUGCACAAUUAAAGCGAAAUGGUGUUCAAUGCUCAUCGAGUGAAGAUGAUGUUGUGCGGCAGAGGCGAACAACACAGAAACGUCGAAAUCAAAAUCGAAUUAAGAGUUCGGAUGAUGAUGACAAUGACAUUGUUACCGGGACUGUGAAGAAAAGAAGUCCGAAGAAAAGAAGGAGUCAAAGCAAUGCCCAAUCGGACGGUGUGGAUGUUAGUGAACCAAAGAAAAAGACGCCAAUCAAACGACGUAAGCCAUUAUUGACCAUAAAAUGCAAUAAAAUUACGGACUAUUUCGGAAAGUCGACUGUAACCACUGCAUCUGCUGCAACUAAUAGGAUUGAAGGAGACGUUCCUAGUGUUCCUUGCGAGGUUCCCAGUGUUUCAGAACCUGUUACACCUCCAUCAGAUGUGAUCGUUCUUUCGUCGUCAGAUGAACUCGAUGCUGAUAAUGUCGAAGAGCAACCUAAAGCCAAAACUCCACCACAACCACCUGCUCCACCCCAACAAGUCGUGUUGACUACGCCAAAACGCAAAGCACUCAAGUGUCCCGAAUACAAAAUCGUCGCUGGAACGAAUUUUGCUGUCGAUGCGUUUCGUUACGGUGAUUUGGACGGCGUGGCGGCCUACUUUUUGACCCAUUUUCACAGUGACCAUUAUAACGGCCUGAACAGAAAAUUCAAUCAUCCGAUUUACAUGUCGAGCGUUACGGGUCGAUUGGUGCAAGCAAUACUGAAAGUUAAUGGAAGGCUCAUCAGAACAAUGAACAUCAACCAAAGUUAUGUCAUUGACGGAGUGGAAGUAACGCCAAUCGAUGCCAAUCACUGCCCAGGUGCUGUAAUGUUCAUCUUCAAAUUGCAAUGCGGCCGAACCAUUCUGCAUACCGGAGAUUUUCGAGCCACGCCCGAAAUGGAAUCGAAUCCGGUUUUUUGGAACAACAACAUUUCCACCAUUUAUCUGGACACAACGUAUCUGCACAAAUCGUACAAUUUCGGCACGCAAAAUGACGCACUUUUGUUUGUGGAAGACGAAAUAAGGAAAUUCAAACAGAAGGCUGCCGGCAAGAAGUUUGUGGUAGUGGUUGGUUCAUAUAUGGUCGGCAAGGAAAGAGUUUGGGCACACAUUGCGCAGACAUUCAAUAUGAAGGUGUGGCUGGAAGACGAACGAAGGAAAGCAUUCGAUUUGAUCUACACGGAAGAGAAUGACAAUCAAAUCAUCAAGAAUUGCAUCUGUGAUGCACGUGACGAGGCUCAGUUGCAUGUCAUUCCAAUACAGUGCGUCAAUUAUGCGUUUCUGAUGGACUAUUUGAAGAAUUUCCGAGAUCAUGUGCUGUUGGCCUUUCGUCCGACAGGCUGGGCACAGAAUACGAAACCUCAGUACGGUAGCAGGGUUUCAAUAGUCGGUGUUCAAUAUUCGGAACAUUCCUCCUACAGCGAACUGGAAAGAUUUGUGCGUUUUGUCCAACCGGAAACGGUCAUUUCUACGGUGCCAAUAUCGUCGGGAAAUGCGAAUACCAAAAAAGUUCCGGCUGCCUGGCUAUCCGUACCGAAACCGAUGAAAUCGAGUCAAAGUACGAUGACAUCGUUCAUGAAGCUGCGCAAAACUUCCUGUCCUGUCAUCGACAAGUUGACGGGAAAUUUGGGCGGUUCUGGACAUCAUGACCAACAACAGCAACUGAUACUCGAUGAUGCUGGUAGUUACGAUUCAUUGGAAACAGAUUAUAUGCCCUGAUUGACCAGGGAUGCCUUUAUGUAUGUAUUGUGGAGUUGAGAGAGAAAAUAAAAGAUUUUUUAUUACGGUUAA